UUCUGACAUUGCAAGUAUUUUAAAUGGAGAUCUGAUUUUUUCGCCAUAAGGAAGCGACUAACUGUUUGAACAAAACAACAACUUCAAAAAAUAAGACAAAAGCGAUGCGAAGCUGUAUAAUGCUGGAAACAAAAGAAGAAGGGAUUGCUGACUGUUUGAAACCUCAUCUAAUUUAGUUACAUAUAAAUUAACGCUACAUUUUCAACGCAAAGAAUUACAAUAAAGCGGAAUCAUGGGAAAAUCAUCACGUCUAAUGAACAUGAGAUUUUUCUUUUUUCUACUUGUUGUAUUAAUCGUUUUUAUCAGAAGCUUUUUGACUCACUUUUUAAAUCAGGGCAUUGGCAUUUUCUAUAUAAGUGGCAGAACUGAUACCAAGAAUGACUGCACAGGAACCGUUAAUCAUUGGAUAUGGAAAAAUACAAGUCAUAACAUUGUACCUUUAUUUGGAUGUUCCAAAGAUAACAGCACAAACGAUAGAAAGACAUUUAACGGUUCAAAAUGUAACGAAAGAGGUUAUAUAUUUGCUGGGAACCACUAUGGCGGAAUUUACUAUAAUCCAAGCAGCAUACUUCAAUUUGAAUUAAGUUCCACAAAGUGUCAUUUUAAGGUUUAUCAAGACAGAGAUAAAAGCAUAUUUACCAAAAAUAACUUGUGGAUACACGUAGAAGGGGAUUCAGUGAUGAGAGAUAUUUAUUAUGACUUCAAGGAAUACUUCACCAAAAUGUAUCGACCGAGAGUGAAAAUACCACACAGUCAUUCUUUUUCUAUAAAUGGAACACUGGUUUCAUUUUCAUUCAACCCCGGUAAAUUAGCGUUUCCAUGCAAACGUUUAAUAACAUGGAAAUUGUAUACACAAAAAUACAAUAGAUCUUAUCCUGACGUAUGGAUAUAUAACACUGGAUUACAUGACAUUGCAAUUUUUAACACAACCAACAGCACAUAUGUACAAAAAAUGAGAUGUUUGAAUACUUUUGUUGAUAACAGAACGCUGGCCAUAUUCAGGUUGACAACACCCACUGGAAAAAAUCUUGACCAUAGACCAGUAAGAUACAGAGUAGCUGAACUAAAUAAAAUCGCACUUAAAGAAUUGGAUACUCGCCUUUGGAACAUAUUUGAUGCGUAUUACUUAUUGUAUAAUAGAAGAAAUGAGCUUCGUGUAGAUGGCAUGCACUAUAGUGGCGUUGGUAGUAAAUGGAUGACGAAUAUGUUACUUGAUAUAAUCCAAAAACGAUUGCACUUGAAGUAAAAAUUUGUGAGAGAAACAACUACGGAGCAAACAUAUUUUACAUUUCUUUUUUAUAUUCACUUUUUGCGACUUUAUUCAACCUCUCACAUAAUAUUUAAAUCCUAUAUUUACCAAUUUAGUUAUUUUUGUCGCUUUUUUAUUUAUUUCCUUGUAUUUCCAAACGUUUAAUUCGAAGAAAUAACAAAAACAUGAAAAUAUAUCUUUUUUUCCUUUUCUCCUUGUUCAUUUUGUGAGGUUUUUUUCUCCGGCGUGUAAUCCGA